AUGGACAAAACGGCAGCAACGGAGAGAGCGACUGCGAUCGAUCCUGAUGAAGCAAAUCUGUUAAGAACAGCGCCGUUUUUAGACGGAGAAGGUGCAACAUUUGGUGGAGUAGAGAUCGACGGGGGAGAGUUCGUCGGAGGAGAUGACGGAGAGGGAGGAGGAGGAGACGGCGGAGAGUCGGCGGUGGAAGGAGUAGGUGCGAUCGUGGGAGAAGAAGGCGGAGAAGGUGCGAUCGCAGGAGGAGAAGGGGGAGAAGGUGCGGUUGCAUCUGGAGAAGGUGCAAUUGAAGGAGAAGAGACUGGUGGUUUCGCUGCUGGAGAUGGAGGAAUGGCAGCCGGGGCAAGAGCCGGUGGAGGAGUCGCCACAGGUGGAGAUUUGGUCGGUGAUGCAGUCGGAGAUGAGGCCGGUGACUGA